CCUCCUCCAAAGCAGGGGUCGGAGGAUGGGAAGAGAGGAGCCGGCGGGCCGGGAAUCAUGGGCGUGGGGCGGAAGGAGCAUGCCAAGUUGAGUCGGGGGGCGGCCGGAGGAGGAGGAGGGGGUCGCGGCUGAGAGGAGAGGGGAUCGUGCGCCCCCCGAAAAAGGCGCAUCAUGUAUGGGGAGCGGCCCUGCCCCAUGAAUGGAGAGCGGCCGUCCAGCCUCCAGAUCUUUGCCGGGGCUUCCUCCCUGCACGGCGUGAGCCAUAUCUUCGGCUCUGGCUCGCUUUCCCUGCGCCGGGCGGUGUGGGCGCUGUUCUUCGUGGGCUCGCUGGCCCUACUGGGGCUUGUGUGCGCGGAGCGCGUGGGCUACUUCUUCACCUUCCCGCGGGUGACAAAAGUGGACGAGGUGGCCGCGCCCAACCUGACUUUCCCGGCCGUCACUUUCUGCAACCUCAAUGCCUUCCGCUUCUCCAAGAUCACGCGCAACGACCUCUACCACGCGGGACAGCUGCUGGCCCUGCUGGACGCCCGCGCCGAGGUCCGCGGAGCCCACCUGGCCGACCCGGAGACCCUGGCCGCCCUGCGGGACAAGGCCGACUUUAAGGGGUUCAAGGCGCGCCCCUUCGACAUGGCCGAAUUCUACAACCGGACGGGCCACGACCUUCGGGAGAUGAUCUGGCACUGUACCUUUCGGGGAGUCGCCUGCAGCGCCCGCAACUUUACCCUGAGCUUCACCCGUCUGGGAAAAUGCUAUACCUUCAACUCUGGUGCCACCGGCUACCAGCUGCUCACCACAGUGAAAGGCGGGACGGGCAAUGGCUUGGAACUGAUGCUGAACAUCCAACAGGACGAGUAUCUGCCCAUCUGGGGGGACACCGAUGAGACCUCCUACGAAGCUGGUGUAAAGGUGCAAAUCCACAGCCAGAGUGAGCCGCCUGCCAUCGACCAGCUGGGCUUCGGAGUAGCCCCCGGCUUCCAGACUUUUGUGGCCUGCCAGGAGCAGAGGCUCUUCUACCUGCCGGCCCCCUGGGGGGACUGCCAGGCCAACCCCGCCGAGUCGACGUUCUUCCCCAGCUAUAGUGCCGCCGCCUGCCGGAUCGACUGUGAGACACGGUACCUGGCAGAGAAUUGCAACUGUCGUAUGGUGCAUAUGCCAGGCAAUGCCAACGUCUGCAGCCCGGAGCAGUACAAGGAAUGCGCGGAUCCUGCCCUGGACUUCCUGGUGGAGAAGGACAACAGCUUCUGCUCCUGCCAGACUCCCUGUGAGAUGGUGCGCUACAGCAAAGAGCUCUCCGUGGUCAAGAUCCCCAGCAAGGCCUCUGCCAAAUACCUGGCCAAGAAGUACAACCGCAGCGAGCAGUACAUUACGGAGAACCUGCUGGUGCUGGAUAUCUUCUUUGAAGCCCUGAAUUAUGAGACCAUCGAGCAGAAGAAGGCCUACGAGGUGGCCGGCCUGCUGGGAGACAUUGGGGGCCAAAUGGGUUUGUUCAUCGGUGCCAGCCUGCUUACCAUCCUGGAGAUUUUCGAUUACCUGUAUGAGGUGCUCCGGGACAAACUCUUCAGCUACUACCAGGGCAGGAAGGAAGCCCACCACAGCAACAGUGACAACUUGGAGUACGUGGAUCUCCCCCGCGGCCAGCUGCCCCCUCCGCCCAGAGCGCCCGCCAUCCGCUGCGCGGCCACUCGGACAGUAUCAUGGGAUACCCCACAAGUGGACUACCUCGUCACGCCACUCUAGGCAGCUUCGAGGAGUUCGCCUGCUGAAGAGACCCCCCGCCCCUCCCACAAGGACGGAUGGACGGACCCCUGACCAGCUCCAGGACAGACGCCUAUAGGGGGCAUGAUGCCCCACCGGGGACCAUUGCGCUCUGAGUGGAACCCGCCCAGCGCUCGUCUGUCAAUGCCACGGAGAGAAGACGGAGCUGCGGGGCUCCUCCGGCGGCCCCUUCCCCAAAAUAUGUGUCUAUCUGUCAUUAAAGGACCUCCUUGGGAACAGCAUGGUUCUCCGACUUG